AUUAGGAUGACUGUGCAUCACAACUCAAGAUGAUCAAUACAAAGUCACAUUGUCACCUUAUAAAAGCAGACUUGCUAGUCUGAUAGAAGCCAAGCAUCUCAGAUAGCAGUGUCGGUAAAAAACGUGAGCUUUAUUUCAACAUGAAGAUCCCAAACAGCAAUCAAGUGGCAGGAAUUCCAUUCAAGUCCCUUCAAACUGUUUCUGAAUCCAGAAGAUUAUGUCUUCAUUCUACCUCCUCUAGGUGCUCCCGGUACAAACAAAAAAAACUGGAUUUGGUGAUUGAUUGGAUGAGCAAGUUCAGCAAAAAAGCAGACGGCUACGCAAAAAGCAUUCGGGAUCAUGUGAGCUUAGGCACAAACUUCUCGGAAACUUUGAAGGGAAAGUUCAGCUUAGGCGCGAAGAUUCUUAAAGCCGGAGGUGUUGAGUGUGUCUUCAGGAAAAAAUUCUGUGUCGAAAAAGGAGAGAAGCUGCUGAAGGUUUUCCAGUGCUAUUUGUCAACCACAGCUGGUCCCAUUGCGGGGCUGCUCUUUGUUUCCAAUAAAAAGCUUGCAUUCCACAGUGACAGAUCUCUCAGACUCAUCUCUCCAAAAGGAAACGUAACCAGAGUCCCUUACAAGGUUUUGAUCCCAGUAAAUAGGGUUAAAAGUGUCAGUCCAAGUGAGAGCUAUGACAAGCCUAACCAAAAAUUCAUUCAGAUUGUUACAGUGGAUGGAUUUGAGUUUUGGUUUAUGGGCUUCCUCAGUUACCAGAGAUGUUUCAAGUGUUUAAGACGAGCCAUGUCAGAAUCCCAAGUUGGAGUUUUGCAAUUGACUCAUUCGAUCGAAGUCUGAAGCCGUCUUUGCAUGUAUUCCACACACGAAUUCAGUAUAAUGUAAUUAUGAAGACUGAAUUCCUUUGUUUAUUUAUUGUCUUUGAAAAAGAAGAAAAUUAUAUUAAAUAUAAUUGAAAGAGAUAGAUCUGUGGUGAUAC